CUUUUUUCCCCUCUACAACUGAGUCACACACAGCAGCAGCAUCAGCAGCAACGAGUCCACUCAGUCCAGUCGUUCAUCGUGUUUUGUGAGCACAACAAUUUCACAAUCACAAUCACUAUCAUCAUCAUCAUUAUCAUUGUUAUUAUUAUCAGUUUUUGUUUAUUAUAAAAAAAGUGCAUCCUUCAUUUAUCUGUGACGAACCAAAUUUGAUAGUUUGUUUAAAUUUAUAAUUAAAUAACGUGAAAAAGUUGGUCAAUAAUGAGGGACAUGGCAGGUAAAAUUGCUGAAUUAAAAUUUGAGGCACCUUUAGCACGCUUCGAAGAAGAAGAUAAUUCUAGUAUUAAAAAUAUGAAUUUAUUGACAGAGCAACUAUUGGACGCAAGUUUGGAUGUAAAUUUUGGUGAAAAUUGUCAUGGAAAUGAGCAACAUCAUGAAAGUGGAACUGAUAUAUUGCAAGAGGGUACAUUUAGUCCAUUCAGUGGUAGUCUUGAAGAUCUUGUCAAUACAUUUGAUGAAAAAAUAACAUCUUGCUUUAGAGAUUAUGCUACUGAUGUUGAAACACUUGCUCCAGUUCAAGUGCGAACACAAGAAGAAAUUAUGAACGAAUGCCAAAUGUGGUGGACAAUAACAGGAACAUUUGGUAGUAUUUUACCAAUUGAUUGGAGUAAAUCAUAUGCAAGAAAAAUGCACAUGCCUGCAUUGAAUUUAAAUGAAGCACCAAUUGCAACUACAGAGCAACAAGAAUUUGAUGAUUUAAGCAGUGAGGAUGAAGCUGUUGCAACUGAUUUAGAUAUGCAUGCAUUAAUAUUAUCAAGUAGUACAGAUGCAACAGACAGUACAGAAGAACCAUUAAAAACAGCUGAAGAAGUAUUACGUGAAAUUGAUGAUAUAAUGCAGGAGGAUAAUACAAUGGAACAAUCACAAGGUACAGAUGGUUCAAUGCUAGAUACUGAUGAUGCCUUGGAAAGAAGUCGAGAAGUUUUAGAUUCACCAUUGUAUGAAAAAAAAUUAAAACAACUAUCAUCAAAUGAAUUAAUUGGAGUACUUGGUGAAAUGGAAGCACUUGUUGGUGCAUUAAGUGAAACACUUAUAUCUGAAUUGGCAUUACGUGAUGAAUUAGAAUUUGAAAAAGAAUUAAAAAAUCAAUUUAUAUCAUUAUUACUUGCUGUACAAAAUCGUCGUAGACAACAUCAUGUUACUAAAAAACGUAAUAAUGGAAAUAGUCCAUUACCACAACAAAGAUCAAUACAAGAAUCAAAAUAUUUAACAACAGUUAUACCAUAUCAUGCUGAUAAUGGUACACCAAAUAAUCAAGCACUUCAAGUAUUAAUUAAAAUAUUAAAAGCCAUUAAUGAAGAUAGUCCAACAGUACCAACACUUUUGACUGAUUACAUACUCAAAGUUUUAUGUCCAACUUAGUUUUAUUUAUUUAUUUAAUUGUCUCUAUCUCUCUAUCCCUCUCUCUAUUUCUAUAUUUUUCUCUCUUACACUCUCUAAUGAGUUUGGAAAUUAAAAAAAAAGCUUUUGGAAAUAUUUUUUAAAAUAUUUACAAAGAAAAUAAAUUAACAAUUAUAUUUUCUUGUGCUUGGAAUAUUAUUUGCAAAAAAAAAAAAAAAAAAUAUAUCUGAUGCUUUAAUUGUAAAGACAAAAUUAUUAUUAUUAUUAAAUUGAUAAAUAAUGAUCUUAUUUUUUAAUCAAAAAUAUUUUAUUAUAUAUAUUUUGUUUAUUUGACUUGUGGACUUGAUAUAAUUUUGUAUUUCAAGUCGACAAAUGCUCGCUCUAUAUCUAGUCCCUUAAUUUUAAUGCAUUUUUAUUAUUAUUAUUAUUGAAUACCGAUACUGUAUUGUAUAUUUCGUAAACACUAGAUUAUAAUUUUUAUAUUCAAUGGAAUUAUUAAGAUACUCAUUAAAAAAAAAAAAAAAGAUAAUGCAAAAUAUAUUGUUAAAUAAAAAAUUAAAUUAUAUGAUUAUUGUAAAAGUGAGAUUUGUGGAUUGAUAAAAAAAAAAAAAACGCACUGAUAAUUGCACGAGAUAAUUAAAAGUGACAAAAAAAAAAAAGCUAUAUAUAUACAAUUAUUUAUGAAAUAAAAAAAUAUAAUCAUCUCGUUGCAUUUUCGCUUGAAUAUUAAAUUAUCAAUUAAAAUUGACGAUCAAUUUUUUGUACAUAAAAAUAAAAAGAAAAAAAAAAUUAUUAAUAUUAAUAUUAACAACAAUAUAUCAAUAACAUUAUUAAGUUGUUUUUUUUUUUUUUUUUCUCAUUAAUUAAUCCUCGUUGUUUGGAUAAAAAAAAAAAAAAAAAGAAAAAUGUUUGGUGAUAAUAAGCUGUCGCAAUUUUGAAAAAUAGUUUCAUUAAAAAUUAUAGUUUUAGUGUAUCAAUGUGAAUGAAAAAAAAAUAAAUAAAUUAAAAUAAAUAAUAAUGUUAAUAUAAAAAUGUAAUAAUUAAACACUUAUUGAUGAAUAUAUCAAUUGUCAAAACACAUCAUGCCAUAAAACAAAUAAAAAACAUUUAAAAUA